UUCGUUUGUGGCGCACGAUUCGAAUGCUGCAUCCUUUUCGCAGGUUUUCCCCGGCACAUUCCUGCGGAAAAUCGAUAUCGGACACAAAAUGGUGACGUCGAAGGGAAAACCCACGAUUUUCUGCGAGUUUUCGCGAAACGCCAGGUGGCGUACAGAUUGACAAUUCUGCAUGUUUUUAGUGAUAAAAAAGAUUGCAAAUUUACGUUAAUAAAGCAAUAAUUAUAAAGUUUGCGGUGUGGAUAGUGUAAACUAACGCAGUGAAGUGUUACAGUCGUUGAAAUACGGAGUUUAACGGACAACAUAACCUACUUUAGAGUUACAUUUUAAGUUUGACGUUUAUAUUACAAUAAACAAUUUGUAGUGUACGUAUAAACAAUGUAUCGCGUACCUAAUUGAGCACCACACCUUUAAAAUGUCAUAGACUAAUAUUUAGGUCAAUCGCAGUUUUUGACAGAUCACAUGAACUUUCGCGAUUUCGUGGGGUGUCGUGGGCGAAACAAGUGCAAAAUGGUCGGCUCGAUAAUAUAAACCACCAUGGUCUGAUGAGGCCAUGACAUCUAGACAAUUGACCGUCAGUGCUGAUGAUCAGGGGAUAACUGCCCCCCUUAUUGGGACUCAGGAUUCAGUGCACACAGAAGUUCCCGGUGCGGAAGGCGGAGGCCCGGAGGGCGGCAAUUUUUUAACGGCAGCGGGCGGCGCUACCGCUGCAGCCUCCGUAGCAGGAGCUCGCCAAGUCAACAGCAGGCACCGCGGCGGUCAACGCAGGGUAGCGGCUUCAGGCAGCUUCAGCGACAGCUCCUCCAGUGUCAAACGACAAGAAUCCUCGCCAACUUUGACGCUCGUUUCGUCAAAGGGCUCAGCUGAUUCUAACUAUUCACAGCCUUCUUCAGAUCUGUCGCUGGACGAGGAAAAGGAAACGCUUCGCCGUGAGAAGGAGCGUCAGGCGCUUAGUCAAUUGGAAAAAGCGAGGACAAAGUCGGUAGCAUUUGCCGUGCGAACCAACGUAUCGUAUAAUGGUAAAAUAGAUGACGAUUCCCCGGUACACGGUUAUGCGAUAUCUUUUGAUGUUAGAGAUUUUUUACAUAUUAAGGAAAAAUACGAUAAUAACUGGUGGAUCGGGCGUUUAGUGAAAGAGGGUUGCGACAUAGGUUUUAUCCCUUCGCCGGUGAAGCUAGAAAAUUUGCGGUUGCAGCAGGUACAAACGCGGACCACGAAGCUGUACUCGAGCAAAACAAGUUCCACAACUAACAUCGGCGCAGCUGGUAACGAUGUUUCGAGAGGUAGCACUCCUCCCACACCCGGAGAAGAAUCUGAUUCUGUUGGAAAUGCGCGGUCUGGAAAAACCCUCACAACACCCCCGGCCAAGGAAAAGAAAAAGGCCUUUUUCAAAAAGCAAGAGGCCACGGCACCGUACGAUGUGGUGCCUUCAAUGCGGCCUGUAGUGCUGGUUGGGCCUUCGCUGAAAGGUUACGAGGUCACUGACAUGAUGCAGAAGGCCUUAUUUGAUUUUCUUAAGCAUAGAUUCGAAGGAAGGAUAAUAAUAACUAGAGUAAUGGCUGAUAUAUCGUUGGCGAAACGUUCGCUGCUGAAUAACCCAUCGAAAAGGGCGAUAAUCGACCAAAGGCGUUCGACGUGUCUUCUCGAGGUCCAAACCGAAAUUGAGCGCAUUUUCGAGCUCGCCACCACGUUGCAACUCGUCGUGCUGGACUGUGAUACGAUAAACCAUCCAUCGCAGCUGGCCAAAACUUCCCUUGCACCAUGUAUCGUUUACUUAAAAAUAGCUAGUCCUAAGGUAUUACAAAGGUUAAUAAAAUCGAGAGGCAAAAGUCAAGCCAGACAUCUGAACGUGCAGAUGGUGGCUUCGGAGAAGUUAGCUCAAUGUCCUCCAGAAAUGUUCGAUGUGAUAUUGGAUGAAAAUCAGCUUGAAGAAGCCUGUGAACACAUAGCCGAAUACUUAGAAGCUUAUUAUAGAGCUACUCAUCCAGAGCAAGCCAUGUCUAAUAUCCCACGACCAAUAGGAACUCCCCAAGCUUCACCCAGUGGGGAUACAGGGAGACCCACAUUACCAGCCCACCAUGAUGUUUAUGGCGGAUAUGUUGGGGGUCACGAGACAAGAGGUAGUCAUGCAGGUGUUAGAUAUAUAGGAUUGCAAAGUUGGGAUUCUGUAGAUUCAUUAGAAUCACUAUCUUUCUUAUAACUUUAUUAUUAUUAUUAUUGAUAUAUUGUUUAAAUUCGAUUAUUCACUGCAUGAGUGUCUUGAAUUGUGCAUCAAUAUUUUAUUAUUUUUACAGUACGAGUAUAUGCCUUAGCUUUAGUAUCUUUAAUAGUUAUAUAGCACCGUCACGAUUACCAACUUCGAUAAAUAUGAUGUUUUAAAGGGAGUCUUAACAAUAAUUAUUGAAGAAUAGUUUUUAAAUGAAAUCAUUGUUUUUAGAUGCCUCUAAAAACAAUGAUGAAAUGAAAUUAUUAUUAGACACCCCUUUAAAGGAUCGUCCAAUAGGUGUCCUAGCCUGGGAUGAUCCUUAUGACGUAAGCAAAUAAAGUGACUGGCUAUCUUGCAUUUUGGUGACGAUAAAGAGUUUUUGUCCGGAAAAAUUAAUGUUUUUAAAAGAUCAUUCCUAAGUCAAUUCGUUUUUAAAAGCAUUAACUUUUCUCCACUUAUAUGUCAUAAUAAUCUAACUAAAAAUAUAGUUACGCUCCAACAAAUAAGUGUAAAACGUGGGUCCAAACGUAAUGUUAUUUUGAAUAAACUUAUUUAAAUUAACUUAAUUUAUUUAUACCUCUUCAUUUGAAAUGUUUUCAGAUUUUUCCGGUUCAAUGACACCUAUUCCGACUAACUAUUAAUUUGUCUCUAUACGUAUAAAAUGCAGUUCCCACCUUCCACACGAGCCACACGCGCAGCAGGCCGCGCCUGGAGCGCGACCGCGAGUACGAAGACUACGUCGAUCGUGAGUACCUCACGAACACGCACGGGGUCCCCCCGCACAUGCAGGGCGGCGACGACUACCGCCUCAGAGACCCGCGGCGGGAGGAGGAGUACCCCUCUCACCGAGGCUCGUCGCGCAGAGCCCUCAACGCCAUAUAGUGGAGGCUGUCUACGGAGCAACCGAUUGAAGAGGAGAUUCAUGAUGAUCUGUCGCCGCGCGCCGAGUCCUACUACAAGCCCCAGAUACCCAAAGAGUACAGGGACGAUGGGAGAGGUAGAAGGGACAGGAGGUAUCAGGACGAUGCCAGGUACGAUGAUCGCGCGUCGGCGGACAGAAGCAAGCAAGAAGGCAGAAAUUACAGGAAAGCCCUGUUGGAUAGGUUCGCCGAUAUGGAUAUGGAUGAGCAUCAUGAGUAUCCGUCCCACCAAAGGUACUAUGAAUGAAUCGGAGCAAGCAAGGUAGCUCAGUCACUCGGUAAAUUAACACUGGAGCUUUAUUUUUCAUUUGCGAUAUCUGCUUUCCAAACACAAUAUUGGAAAUCCUUCAUCACGUCAGUAUACACGGUUUUGGACCUGAGCAACCAAAAGUUGUUUUUUAGGUAACUUGGGGCACUGAAUCCAAAUCUUCACUCCGUUUCUUAAAAUUGGUUCUAGUCUUCGAGAUAGUAAGUAUAUAAAUUAAAUUUGUACGAUAUUUGGCAAUUAUAUUUAUUUAAUGGAAAUUAAAAGUAAUAAAUUAGAAAUGAAGAGCGGUGAAACUAAGUCUUUUAUAUUGUUUUGGAUCCGUUUCACGCAUUAGAGUCCAACAGUACUCGCUCAUCAUGCGUUCAUCCCAAAAUUUUAGGUAUCUCCUUUCAAUGUUUGCGAGAUCUUGGUGUAGCCGCUCUCCCUGUUCGUCGGUUAUACACUGUUCAAAAUUUCAUGACCAUUUUAACACCAAAUUAACACCAUACGUGGUCUAUAUCGAUACAAACCAAAAUGGUGUUAAAUAAGGUUCGUUGGUUCGGUGUAAAUUCAAAUACUAAAAUGGUGUUAAUUUAACUUUCACACAGUAUUAAAAUAAAUUUUACCUGGUGUAAAUUGAACUCCUUUUCAGUGUUAAAUAUGAUGUGUUUGUGGUCAAAUUAAAUCAUUCUUCACAGAAAAAAGGAAAAAAAGGAAACAGGAAGUUCCUUGACGCAUUACUAGUAUAUUACCAGAAAAUGGAACCUUCAACUCGCUAGAGUUUUUAGUGCGUUCCACUAACUUAAAAUACUUCAAGUAUUGACAGCUGUUUCCACCUAUUUAAGGUCUCUUUAGUAUCGAACAAAUUGUAGUGUCACACCAAAGCAAAGGACAACCUGAGUUUAUAUAUUCUUUAUGUAAGUCAACAGAGGCGAGAUUUAAGAACAUAACGUGAUCCACACCGCCUUUGCCGCGAUCGAUACACAUUUUCAACCAUAAUUCAUGGUGUUAUAUUAACACCACUUGGUGUUGGAUUUUGACACCAUUUUAAGAUUACUUUUUACACCACAGAUAUUUUAAACAGUGUAUCGCCCAAGUUUUCAGGGAAAAAAUCGAGUUGGGAAUGGAGGAAAUGCAUCUUGAGAGACAUCCGUGAUCCAAUCUUGCGGUAAUUUUGCAACAAAUUGCUUGAAAUCCGGGGAUUUGCGGUUACCAAGAAAGUUGUGAACAACACUUCGAAAAGAGGUGCAUGGUAUAGUUUCCGUCGGUCAUUAAUUUUCUAAUAUCUAAUAACUUGAUAAGUACUGAAGAGCCUACCCUUCACCUGCGAGAACUGAAAAACUAGAACCAAUGUUGCCAAGCGGAUUUAAGAUUCGAAUUCAGCGCAUCAAAUAACGUCAAAAUCGUUGUAAUCUGCUCGGGUCCAAAAGUUGGCCGGAAUUUGUUAACUUGUGUUAUUAAAGAGUUCUUAAAUAGCAUAGGUCGUAAUCAUUUUGGAUCUUAAAAAUGAAGAAAUAAAGCUGUCUAUUUUUUGGAAAAUUACUUUUACGGAUUCCUGAAAGUGACUGAGCUCAUUUAACACAAUUGGCCUAAAAAACACACAAUUAAUUGACAUACAAACAUUUUUAAUUUUUCUCUUUAUGUAUAUAUUAUGGGGGACAGUUAAAUAUUAUGGUUUGUAUGUACAAAAACAAAUCUACUAAAUAAUAAUACAUAUUAAUAAUAAUAAUGAUAAUGAGAAGAAGAAGGCUAUCCGAAGUUUUAAAGUAUCUUUUGUGGUUCUUCAAUGGGAGUUCCGUAACCCUUGUGAUUUAUUGUAAUUAUAACAAAUAAACAUUUAAAAAUUUUGACCAUUUUGGUGCCAUACUUGAGUAAUAGCUCAAUUUUUAAACUAAAUUGAAAAAACUAGAAAUAGUAUUAAAGCUUUAAAACUGUAGCUAUACUUAGGAUUUUUAAAUUCAUUUAUAUUGAAGGGUAUGUUGUUGAGAACAGUAUAAAUUUAUGUAUUUUAUAUAUUGUAUAAUAGCUUUUAAAAGAACUGAGAUAUUACACUUUAAUGGAUUGCGAACUCUUUAAAACGGUGAGGUUUUCUUUCAAAACGCAAAUUCAAUUCCAAGGCAAUCUCAAUUCUUUUUGAAAUUGCUUUCGAACGGUCUUUAAUUUUUUCCUACGUGAUACUAAAAUUUUGUCAAACGUUUGACUGAAUCUAGGGAAUAAAAGAACGUGCAGAGCAUCUAGUAAUAAAAAAUCGUAGAUGCAUGUUGAGGCAAAUAAAAGGCUUAAGUUAAAGUUAAUAAACAGGUCCCUAAACUAUAUUUUUGAAUAAAUCAUUCUUAGAACUGUCUGUUUCUUAUUGGCUACGUAUUGUAUAAGAUUAAGACAAUCAAGCUAGAAAACGUUAGAGAGUUAGUUUGAGAGUUAGAAUAGCUAAAAGUUGAAUACAAAUUUUGACCCGUGAAAUACAACGAAUCACUUUGCAGACUUUAAAUCAAAAAUACCCUGUGUUCUUUUGGUUGUUUGAAAAAAAAAACAUCAUCUGUACAAAUAUUCCUUAAUAAACCCUAUUAAAAGUACGUGGUUAAUAAGAACAGUCGUUUUACAAUAAUAGCCUUAAUAAAUUUGUAAUUUUUGAAUGUAUGUGUCACACCAUUCGGUGACAUCACGACCAAUUACAUAACACAAAUAUAUUGUGUAGUGGUAGAGGUUUUUUUGAUUCGGUAAGUUCAUUGUUGCUGUCAACAGCAAUAUUUCUUUCAAUUUUUUUUUGAUAAAAUGGCACCCAAGGGAAUGAAAUUUAUCGUUUUAUGUUGUUUGUUAGAUUUUUAGCAAAAAUUCUGUACUUUGAAACUCGACAUACCCCUUAACUAUGUCCAUUGGGGUAUAUAUCUCCAUGCCUGUGAUAUGUUAUAAAAACAAUAUUUAUUUUUAAUGCAAAUAAUUAAGCAACAAUGAAAAUACUAUUAUAUGCACCGUCUAUAACACGGUAAAGUUGAACAUUACUAUGUUAUAGAUUCAUUUUGCUAGGUCAUUUAUUAGUGCCAUGUGGGCCAACCCACAAACCUCAAAAGAUGAAGCAGAAUUGGGGAGUUUUGAAUAAAAAAACCCUUAAACGUCCUUUUCUAUUUUAGUUUCUUGUUAAAAACUCAUCCGUUGCUGCUACUAUUGGCUAAUUUUGCUGUGGGUUGGUCCUAUCCACGGUCUUAUAUAGAUACAGGUCUUGCAGCUCUGGGUUUGAGGUGGCGAGCCGCUAGGGGCGCUGCGGGACGAUAGAGCACGAUCAAAUGAACUACUCACGUAUGUUUUAUUUUUUUAUAACAGUUCUAUUGUCAAAUUGGAAACUCACUUUUUAAUCUUAUCUACUGAUUGACAGUCUCAUUCCAAACACAUUAAUGCAUAUAUGCGUGGUUACGAUGUAAAAAUCUAGGUUAUGUGUUUCACGUGGCAUCCGAAUUUUCUAAGCCUCAUCAUUUUUUUUUUGGAUUUUUUUUAUUCCUUAUAAAAUUACAAAAAAUUAAAAAUAUUACCUAGAAUAAAACAUAAUUUUUAUGUAAAAAUAUGACUAAAAGUGAGGAAGAACAAAAAUUUUAGUUUUAAGUUUUUAAAAAAAAUCUUACGUCUUAUCAUUUGAAAGAUAUUCUUAUUUUCGCUUAUAUAGGGUGAGACGGGAUCUAAAAUCAUUGAAAGUUUGCAUACGUUUCUCAAAAUCAAAAUUUUUAUCCAAAUCAGUCUCGUUUUUUCUUUUACUUGUUUUACUUCCAAAAAACAAUGAUAAGGUUUAGAUUCAACGUGAAAUACCCAAUAUGUAGUAGUUCCAUUUAAAUAUGCGAGUACUUCAUUUCACCGCAUAAAAAUAGUGUUAGUUCUGUGUUUUACCGUGCUCUCUUGUCUGGAGAGACGAAAUUGCAAGACCGUGGCCGUGGCCCUAUCCAUUGAAUUUUCAUUUAUUAUUUAAUAACCUAGAAUUACGAGUACCUAUAAAAAGAUUUCAUAUGCUGUUAAUAUUGUAUGAGUCUAUUGAAAUACUUCAAAUAUAAGUAAGUUUAAAACAACUUUGAUACCUUGUACAUAGCUAUUAAAUAUUAAAAAAUCUAUACUUCAUACAAAAUAAAUGUUUUUUUUUUUGAUUUUUAGUUAUAAGCUAGUUAGUACUUUAUUACAGGUAUAAAUGAGAUUGUUAAAUAUUUUUUUGUAAUUAUUAUGUUUGUCUAAAACCGCCUUGCUAUAAUUUUUAUAUUAUUAUUCAUUAAAAACCGAAAAAAUGAAUGUAUGGAUAUGGAGAGGCACUUUUACGUGCAUUUUUCUAAAUAAAAAUAAAUCAAUAAGUUGUUUUAUUAUUUUUACCUCACCCUCUCGAAAAAAAUAAUAGACCAUCAUUAAAAUUAUUUAUUUACAUUUAUACAUAUUAAUAAUAAGGAAUGUACACAGAGUAUUUUAUAUCUACAUACCUUUGAGCCAUACAUAUACGGGUUUUAAUUAAAAUUGUAGUACGAUACGUACAAAUAUACAUUAGGCUUGAACCUAAUAAUCUUAUUUAGUCUAAGUACAUACAAAGAAGACAUCGUUCACACUUACACUUCAAUCUUAUUGUCUUUUAAAUCUUCAGCGCUGCUUUUGCUCUCCUUCUCCUCUUCUUCAUCUAUAAUACUUAUAUCCCUAAUCGAUGGUCUAUGACUUCGCCUCCACCCUUCUUGCACCACAGGGAAUUUAGCUUUGUUGAGCAAUCGCGGUCCGAGAAUUGUCACCAACAUGGCCCCCGUUGGCGCAGUAACCAUAAUGGAAAGAACGCAAAUCAUAAGGAUUUUCUCCGAGUAGGCGUGCUCGUCUGUACCGUGUUCCACCAUUCCUAGA